AUGGCGAGGCUCAAUUUAUUACACGCCGCUCUUUUUUUCUGGGUGGCUCUGGUGGCUGCCCAGUCUGUUAAGCUCGAUCGACUUACGCACCAGGGUUGCUUUCAGGGAAGACAGCCAUUGCAUUUUGCUUUUGCUGGAUCUUCGCGAACGGAGAAACACCUCAGAGAAUGCUUGAAGACCUGUGAACGGAAAGGUCAACCUCUGGUCGCGUUCGGUACCGAUCACUGCUUCUGCUCUGAUGAUGUACCUCUCGACAUCCCCAGUCUGGACAACGACCGCUGCAAUGUGAACUGUCAGAAUGGCUUGAACGAUAACUGCAUCAGGGUACCGGAGGGCAGUGUCUCCAAGGGAGAAAUGCUCUUCAAUGUCUUCAAGAUUGGUCCGAGACAAUUCAACGGACCAAAGCGGUACGCAAAGGGCCACGGCAAGCUUGGCAAGAUCACCGCUCAGGGCUGCUACGACGUAAAGGCUCGACCUUCGUCUCCCGAGCACAUCAGAAUCGUCAAUUAUGAGACUCGCCUAGAGUGCGCCAGGUUUUGUGCUGCGGAGGGAAAGCCUCUUGCUUUGAUUGGCGCCGCUUGCUACUGCGUCAAAUCAUACCCUCGAUUCGACUUGGCCGCUCAACUUCGGAAGUGUUAUCUACCCUGUUUCAGCGAUGAAGAUGAGACAUGCCGGCGCCCAUACACAUAUAUGCCACCUUACCAACGCAAAAAUCUCGAGCGCGACUACAUUUCAGUCUACGACACUGGCCUAGGUGUAGAUGUUGAGAUCGAUCCAAGUUGGCCGACCGACGAAGAGGAGGAUGAGAUACCCAAGGCGUUCGAGAUGUCCAAGGUAUCCAGGGAGGCACCAGAGACAUCAGAGGCAUCCAAGGAAACAGCUUCUGAGCCCUCCGACAUGGACCAACCUCCAAAACAGCCAUGCCAUAAGGCAGAAUACCCGUCGCCUCUGUCACACUAUUUCAAGGACAACAAUCCUGCAAAGUGCCACCACUUCUGUUUCCAAGGAGAAGUCGGAGUUACCAGAGAGCAUGUGCAACCUUCAAUGCCCUGGAAACAGUUUAUACCGCCUGCAAAUGCCUACACCGUGUACGACCUUGGAACAUCAGGUAAACUGCCUGACGACACAAAGCCACCGAGACAGGCAGAGCAAUGUUUUGAAGAACUUCCCAGAAAGGCAGAACUAAUAAGCGUCAGCGAGAUCAACAAACCCCGCGAGGUUUGCAUCAACAAGUGCAGAAGCGCAGGAAAGCCUGUUGCCUUUGUUUUCAGCUUCGUUUGUUACUGCGCUGACGUAUAUCCUCGCGCUGUAGUCACACAAGACCGUCGCAACUGCAAUACCCCCUGCGAGGGCGAGGCUGAAUACUCGUGCGGAGGUCUUGAAGGCACCAAAGCAUUCUUUUCUGCCUACAGAACAGGUCACUUGGGCGCGGAAUACAGCAUCGGGAACGAAGAGGAUAUGUCAGAGCUUCUUCAACUCCCCUACAUGGAACCGCUUCUUGGUCAAGCAACAUCCCACGGCUGCUACGCCCCAUAUGACCGCUUUCUGAGGUUGUUUCUGUGCGUUGUCUAUCGUUAUGACUAG